UUUUGAAUUUCUCUCUCUCUUUUUUCUGAUUUUAUCUAUUUGUGGCAAAAUCUCCAACUUUUGGUUGCAUUCUCAUUCCUUGUCCAAUUUCUUCGUGGGUUUCAACCAAAUUUUUGUUUCUUUUUCUUUUUCAAUUAUUGGUGUUCCCAAAUUGCAAUGGCUAAUGGGAAACCUCUGUUUUCAAAUUGAAAUGAUGAACCUUUUCAACAUUUUCAAUUCAAUUUAAGAUUUUGGCAAUUGAGUCAGAGUCUUACGUAUAAAAAGAGGUCUUGUUUUUUUUUUUUUUUCUGUUUUGUUUUAAAGAGGGAAUGUCUGCAAUGAUGGAUGAUCAAGGUUCCUCUGUUAUGUUUAUCCGUGGAAACCAAGUUCACUCCAUGGAUGGUUCAAGCUUGGAGCUGGAGUUAGAAACCUUCCAGAGACAAGUCACGUUGCGGUUCCUUGAGCUGGCCGCAGUUGGAAAUGAUGAUUUGCUUUCACUCGCAUGGAUGAGGAAGCUCCUUGAUAUCUUCAUCUUAUGCCAAGACGAAUUGAGGAUGAUUUUCUUCAAUCACAGGGCUCAGGUCAUGAAGCCCCCAAUGGACCGAAUUGUUUCUGAUUUCUUUGAACGCUGCGUGAAGGCCCUUGAUCUCUGCAACGCCGUCCGUGACGGAAUUGAACAGAUUAAGCAGUGUCAGAGGCUGUUAGAGAUUGUUCUAUGUGCAUUGGAUCAAAAGAGGAUCAUUGGUGAGGGCCAAUGCCGCCGUGCCAAGAAGGCUCUCGCUGAUUUGGCUAAUUGUAUGUUUGAUGAUAAGGAAUCUAGUGCUUACAUGGCUCUUAGGAAUAGAUCCUUUGGUAGAAACACUACCACUAAGGAUUUGUAUCAAAUUCACAAUCAAAAUAGUAACUACCAACACCGAUCAGUGGGCCAUUUUCGAUCGCUCUCAUGGAGCGUUUCGAGGAAUUGGUCUGCUGCUAAGCAGCUCCAAGCAAUUGGGAACAGCUUGUGCCCCCCUAAGAGUAAUGAUCUUGUGGCCACAAAUGGCCUUGCUAUGCCGGUUUAUACGAUGAGCUCGGUCCUGUUGUUUGUAAUGUGGGCUCUUGUGGCUGCAAUUCCAUGCCAGGAUCGCAGAUUGCAGCUCCACAUUUUGAUUCCGAGACAGUUUCCUUGGUCUGCGCCGUUGCUGUCGCUCCAUGAGAGGAUCAUGGAGGAUUCCAAGAAGAAGGAGAGGAAGAAUGCUUGUGGCUUGCUGAGGGAGAUUCAACAGAUUGAGAAAUGUGCUAGGGUGAUGAAUGAGUUGGUUGACACUUUGCAGUUUCCAUUAGCUGAGGAGAAAGGAGAGGAGGUUAGACAAAGAGUGCAAGAUCUUUCACAUGUUCUUGAGGCCCUCAAGGAUGGAUUAGACCCGUUGGAACGCCAAGUAAGGGAGGUGUUCCAUGUAAUUGUGCGCGGCCGAGUAGGGACUUGACUCUCUUUUCUCUUAUUAGGCCAACAAGCUAUGCUGAAUAAAAUAAUCAUUUGGGUUAGUUUGUUGAUGUUUAACAUAAUGUCAUAAAAUAACCUGAUUUUACUGAAAAGUUGUGAAGAAGUAAGAGGUGGAUAGAGAGAUUGUAUAGGCCAUAUAUUUGAAUUGAUGAUCACAAUGACAUUGUGGUAAGGGGGAGGUUUAUUGUAUCUAUAUACCAUCUAAACUGUAUAGAGUUUAAGACAUUUUAAAGUUGACCUUCAUGGUCUGCGUUGCUUGUUUUUCC